UAGUGGUGACCUAGUCAGGUACCGAGUGGGGGCUAUCAUCAUACUAGUAUAUAAGCACGGAGAAAUGUUUCACAGACAUCCAUAACCAUUGGCGAAAGGUGUAAGGUGUUCCUAGAAUAAUAUCGAAAUAAAUAAAACACAAUAAUGGCGUAUAAAUUCAUAAUUUUGAUGGUAGCCGUUGCAGUUUCCCAAGCCGUGCCAAUUUGGAUCACUGGUAACGAAUAUUUCCCCUCUACUAUUCUGCGUAUCGGACGUUCCCCAAACGUUGCGUUUGGCUUUGGCAGCGGCUUUAGCAGUAAUAUUGGCGGUAUCGCCCACUCCUCCGGCAUUGGAUCCUCAUUUUCAACCGGCGAGGGCCAAGCCUACGGGGCUGGUAUUAGUGGUACAGGUGACAGCACCUACGCACGCGGAGUAGGCAUCGCAAACGCCGCCCCCUCAUCCUAUUCUCGCAGCUACAAUCCCUAUAAUUUUGGCGGAUCUUUCGGCUCCGCGGUGUCUUCAGCCCAAAACUACGGAGGAAACUAUGGCUCGGCUGUUUCCGCUGCUCAGUCACAGAACGGACUUCAAUACGGAUCAGCUGUAUCUGCCACUCGGAAUGUUGGUCCCGCUCGCUACCAGUCCGCCAUAUCCUCUGCACAAAACAUCCAAAAUCUCGGCUACGAAUCCUCUGUAGCGGCUGCUAACAGCAACGGAUAUGGCCAAGCAAUAUCUGCUGCUCAGAAUGCCAACAAUUAUGGUUCAGCUCUCUCAUCGGCUCAAUCUCGCAAUGGUUUAAGCAACUACGGAGCUGCAGUCUCCGCUGCACAGAAUAUUGGUGGAUAUAGAGCCAGCACUGCUCAAUCGGUUCAACAAAAUGGCGGUGCUCUUCAGCAAAGCGGUGCUACUAGCAUUAACGCACCUGGUAUUCAGGCAGCACAAUCGCAUGCUGUGAAUAACGGUUACUAUUAAGUUUUAAUUAUAUAUUUAUUAAGUGAUAGUCAUUUUAAAUUGUACCUUUAAUAUAACGAUGUUGAGAUGACUAGUUAAAUUUAUCUCACUGUCUUUAUAUUACUUAAAUGUUGCAAUUGGUAAAAAUACAUGUUGGGUUGAUCAAUAAAAGACUGCU